AGCUCCUCCCAGCUCUGCAGUUCUCUUCAUCAUGGGAACAAGAUGGACUCAUCCUGGAUUUUCCCUACUUGUGAUUCUGUACUAUGGGCAGUUCUUGGCACGAUUUAGGAUUGUGGGUGAUGCAAAUUUAGCUGUGCCCUACAAUGAAACUGAGGCAAAGCGGUUCCUGAAUUAUUAUGAACAAACAGCCAACACUGUGUUGAAGGAGUUUGUGGAAGCCACUUGGAACUAUGUCACCAACAUCACCAAGCCAAAUCGAGAGGAAAUGCUUCAGAAGGAACUAGAGAGGUCCCAGUUCAUGAAAUACUUUAGCACCCGGGCCCACCUGUUUAACAUCACCCAGAUCCAGGACCCAACGGUGAAGCGCAUGCUGAGUAAACUGAAGGAAAUUGGCAAGGCGGCCUUACCAUAUGAGGAGCUUUGGGAGUACAACAAGCUUGUGGCCUACAUGGAAACAGCGUACAGCCUGGCCGAAGUGUGCCUGGAUGAAGGGCCCUGCAUGAUCCUGGAGCCUGACCUCGAAGAAGUCAUGGCUACCUCCAGGGACCACAGGGAGCUGCUGUGGGCCUGGGAGGGCUGGCGGGACUCUGUGGGUCGCCAACUCCGUCCCAUUUUCUGGCGUUGUGUGGAGCUCAGCAACAAGGCUGCACAACUCAAUGGGUACAAAGACAUGGGACAACUGUGGCGUGCUAAGUACGAGUCAGACACCCUGGAGCAAGACCUGGAGCAGAUUUACCAGGAGCUGCAGCCUCUCUACCUAAAUCUGCAUGCAUAUGUGCGCCGUGCCCUGUACCGCCACUAUGGGCCUGAACUCAUCAGUUUGCAGGGGCCUAUCCCUGCCCACCUGCUGGGGGACAUGUGGGCUCAGUCCUGGAACAACAUCCUAGACAUGGUUCUGCCUUUCCCUAAGAAGCCCCUCGUAGACAUCACACACAUGAUGAAACGCCAGCACUGGAGAUCUGAGAAAAUGUUUGAAGAGGCUGACAAAUUCUUCACCUCCUUGGGGAUGCUGUCUGUCCCACCCGAUUUCUGGAAAAAGUCAAUGCUGGAGAGGCCGACCGAUGGACGGUCGGUGGAAUGUCAGACCUCUGCCUGGGACUUCUACACUGGCAAUGACUUCAGGGUCAAGAAAUGCACUGAAGUGACCCUAGAAGACAUGCUGUCCGUCUUCCACCAGAUGGGUCAUAUCCAAUACUUCAUGCAAUACCAGAACCUGUCUGUAAUCUUCCGGGAAGGUGCCAACCCUGCUUUUGAAGAGGCUGUGGGGGCAAUGGUCACACUCUCUGCCUCUUCCCACAGACACUUGUUCAGCACAGGCCUGAUCAACCUCCAGCAACAGGACUCAGAGGAGGAAGUCAAUUACCUGAUGGGCAUGGCCCUGGAGAAGAUUGCUUUCAUCCCCUUCAGCUAUCUAAUGGACCUGUUCCGCUGGAGGGUCUUCGAUGGCACCAUUGACAAGAACAUCUACAACCAGGAGUGGUGGAACCUCAGGUUAAAGUACCAAGGCCUGUGCGCACCUGUUCCUCGGACAGAGGACGACUUUGACCCAGCUGCCAAGUUCCAUGUUGCUGCCAAUGUACCCUACACGCGAUAUUUCGUUAGCACGGUGCUCCAGUUCCAGUUGCAUGAAGCUCUGUGCAAUGCCUCGGGCUACGUGGGUCCACUGCACCAGUGUGACAUCUAUAGCUCAAAGAUAGCUGGGAGGAUCCUCGGGAAUGCCCUGAAGCUGGGCUCGAGCAAGCCCUGGCCAGAGGUUCUAAAGGAACUGACUGGGCAGUCCACUAUAUCUACCAGUGCCAUCAUGACCUACUUCAAGCCACUGCUGAACUGGCUAGUGGUUGAGAACGUGCGACAGGGUGAAAUCCUAGGCUGGCCUGACUACACCUGUUUCUUUUCAGAAAGAGGUACAAACAAGGUGGCAUUACUGGGCCUGCAGAUGAAGCCUGACCAGGUUACAUUCCUGCUGUGGAUACUUCUGGGUGUGAACUUUGUCAUGUUCCUGGCACUCCUGGGCCUGGCCUACAGGUUGUACUUCCUAGAAAGAUGGUCAGGCGACCAAGACGUCCUGAUAUUCAGCACCCUGCCUUAUACUUACUUCUUGGGUGUGCGCAUGGAGCCCCGACAGGCUGCUCGAAGACAGUGGAUCUUGUUGGGCAUCUUUUUGAUCCUGCUGCUGAGCACCAUCAGCCUAACCAUUUGGAUUUCCACACACAACCGCAAGAUGUCUUCACAAAUGAGAGCUGACUAGUAGAGCAAGGACUAGUCACCAAUGACACUGGACGCCACACCAGCAGCCCUCUCAUCUCCCAGCUACAGUGGCCAAUGAGGUUUCCAUCAGGCAUUGUGGUUCUGCGUGGCAAAUGCACACCUACCCAGGACCUGCAGGCUUCACCAGACUCCAGCAAAUGCCUCAGUGACCCUUUUUGGCCAUCCUCCCCCCAUCACCCCAUCAGUUAAGCUUUAUUUUGCUCAAAUAUAUCUUCCCAACUUGGUUGCCUAUCAAUUAAAUCUAGAUACUGCAAAUGGCAGCAGAUAGUUUUUAUCGGUUGACCUUUACCCCUACUACCCAGCUCACCCGCCACCCCCGGGCCAUCAUCCUUAGCCUUUGCUUUAGGCACAUGCUCCAUUUUGAAUGUCUGCCCUCCUAGCUCAAAACUGACCACCAAACCCUCUGCAGCAUUCCAAGCCCACCAAGAUGCUCAGUAAAC